CAUAAUUUAAAAAACAUGAAAGCCAGAUUUGUAACCGCUGUACAGAGUGUAAAUUUAGAAAUUUCGGAAAAGAACAAAGAGUUUAGUGUUUUGUUAAAGAUACAGUAUUUAAGACAGUAUUUAUUGGUGAAAAACAUGUGGACCGUAGAAAAGACAUUAAAAUUAAUCGAGGACCUGCGCCGCGAACCGUGUUUAUGGGACAGGAAAUGUGAAGAGUUUAAAAAUAAAGAAAAAAAGAGAGACGCUAUGAACAAUUUAGCUGAAAAGAAUGGGGUGACUUCUGCUGAAUUGGAACGAAAAAUUCAUAGUAUGAAAACACAGUUUUAUCGUGAAAGAAGGAAAUUAUUUAAUACCAAACGGUCUAACGCGGCAUCGAAAAAUUCAAAUUGGUUUGGAUAUAUGCCAUUAAUGUUUUUAAUACGAAAAAGCGAAACAAAGUCUAGUAACGUUCAAAGUACGAACGUUAAAGAGGAACAAAUUGAAGUAGAGAGCACUAAUACUGAAGUCGAAACGACAAAUGACACAGAUCAAACAGAAAAUGAAAAUGAUGUAGAAAAUGUCUUCCCGAUUCCAGAAUAUGGUGGACAUGAAGUACAACAGAAUGGAAACAAUGUCGAUAGUACGCAGUUGUUGGAGUGUUCAAAAUGUCUGACUAUGUCCACUCGUGAUGAAUUAUCAACUUUUGGAGAAUACAUUGCAUGUACAUUGAGAAACUGUAAUAGGCAACGCAAAGAAAUCGCAAUAGCACAGCAUCAAAUUAGCAAUAUUCUAUUUAAUUUAGAAAUGGGUGUGUACAGUAAUGUAAUUCAACAACAAUCUAGACAGUGUGCUGAUACAGAUGGUGAAAGAGCUACUGAUGAUACCCAACUGGUUGUUGACAGUUAGAACAGUAAUUGCAUUGUACAAAGUCACUUGUAUAAAUGUAUAUAUGUACAUACAAAUUUUUUUCUUUUGUUGCUGUCAGA